AAUUUUUAUCAAGUUGACAUAGGAUGAUAACACUCAAUUAUGUUAACGGAUGAACAGAAAAAAUAUGCUACACAGGCGUUUAUGUCGCUUGCUGAUCGUAAAACAGAGUGUGUCCCCUACACAAAAGAUACUGUGAUAGAUGCUGUACGACUGUCCGGGCUAAACCCAACAGAGGUUGAGAUUGACCAGCUCCUCAAACAAGUUGGAACAGAUUAUGGUGACAGACUGAAAAAGGAUGACUUCCUUUCGAUAAUGACGAAAGUCGAUUGGAGGUCACCAGAGGAAGUAAAAGAAAUAUUAAAGGAUGACUUCCGCCUUUUCGUUGAAAACCGGCCUGUAAUUACGGAAGACGAAUUUAUCUAUAUUCUUACACGAGAAGGAAGAGAGAAAAUUACCCUGGACGAAGCUCAACAAGUUGUGGCUAAAUUUGAUAAAGAUCGAGAUGGGAAUAUCCAAAUAGAAGAAAUGAUCGAAAAGCUUUUAGCUAUAGCACCGACUUGACCAAAAUUGCCUUCGCAAAUAAAUGUGUCUGGAAUAAUGACUUUUAUUAUUUAUAACUAUUUCUUUAUCGGUAGUUGUUGCCCUCUCUAUGUUGGUGUCA